AUGGAAGACUUGACAUCCUCGAAGCAAGAAAAAGCAAACCAAGAUCCGGGGGAAGCAGAACGGCCCUGGGAAGAAGUAGCAGCUUUUUCCCAAGGUCCCGAGUCUGGGUUGUCUGAGCCCUUGGAACUGGAGCAGGGGCCGGACACUGGACCCAAACGCAGAGGAAGCCCUCCUCAGAGCCCAGAGUCCAGAGCCAGCACCCCUCUGGAUGACCUCGCAGGACCAGGCACAUCAUCUCCACCUUCCCUUCCUCAGGAGGGUUCUUACACUCCUUCUCCCCCGGCUCUGGCUAGACAGGACCUUGCAGCACCAUGGCAGUCAGACAAAACCACUAGUGUGAAUCCCGAAGCUGGGACGCCUCAGGACCACCAUUUGGAACAAUCUGAUAAAGGAGAACCGACUGCUUCUCAAACAUGCCAGUCAGAGGGAAUCACCUUUCGACAGUCUCAGCAAACCAAACAUCACCUGUAUGGACCAGAAGAUGUGAACCAUAACAACUCUAAACAAAAAGAGCUGAGAUUUAACGUCUUUCAGGAGGAAGACUCAAACAGUAACCAUGAUCUGGAUCGUGCUGAACCUGGGGCCUCUGAAGUGGCCCCCAGCAUGCUGGAGAUUGCCAUUCAGAGUGCUAAGGCUUACCUCCUGAAGACCAGUAGCAAGUCUGGCUUAAAUUUAUAUGAUCAUCUUUCUGAUAUGCUCACCAAGGUCUUAGAUGAACGUCCUGAAGAUGCUGUGGACAUCAUUGAAAGUAUCAGCCAAGAUGUGAAGAUGGAACAUUUUAGGAAAAAAUUAGAUACACUCCAAAACGAGAAUGAGAUGCUUCCAACGUAUGAGAUAGCAGAGAAGCAAAGGGCUCUUUUUCUCCAGGGAAAUUUGGAAGGAGCUGACCAAGAACUAGAAGAUGAAAUAGCAGAAAACGCUCUCCCAAAUGUAAUGGAGUCAGCUUUUUAUUUUGAACAAGCUGGCGUUGGUUUGGGCACAGAUGAGACUUAUCGCAUAUUUCUUGCCCUCAAGCAGCUUACUGACACCCAUCCAAUCCAAAGAUGUCGUUUCUGGGGCAAGAUCUUGGGUCUGGAAAUGAAUUAUAUUGUAGCUGAAGUAGAAUUCCGUGAGGGAGAGGAUGAAGAGAAUGUGGAAGAGGAAGAGGUAACUGAAGAGAGGGACGAUGCAGAUAGCGAAGCUGAUGAAGAUGACGAAGAUGAAUUACCAAGGAACUUUUACAAGACGCCACAGGCUAUACCAAAAGAAGAGAACAGGACGGGUGCCAACAAAUAUGUGUAUUUUGUUUGCAAUGAACCAGGAAGACCAUGGGUGAAGUUACCAUCGGUUACGCCUGGACAAAUUGUUACUGCAAGAAAAAUAAAGAAAUUUUUCACUGGGCGUUUGGAUACUCCCAUCAUAAGCUACCCGCCCUUCCCGGGAAACGAGAGCAAUUACUUAAGAGCACAAAUUGCCAGAAUUUCAGCAGGGACCCAUGUCAGCCCUCUGGGAUUCUAUCAGUUUGGUGAAGAGGAAGGAGAGGAGGAGGAAGAGGUGGAAGGCAGACGAGACAGCUUUGAAGAAAACCCUGAUUUUGAAGGCAUCCAAGUGAUUGAUCUUGUGGAAUCCCUAUCCAAUUGGGUUCACCAUGUGCAACACAUUCUGUCUCAGGGUCGUUGUAAUUGGUUUAACCCUAUACAAAAAAGUGAGGAGGAAGAAGAAGAGGAAGAUGAAGAAAAAGAAGAAGAAAAAGGAGAAGAGACUGACUAUAUAGAACAGGAAGUGGGCCCUCCUCUUUUGACACCAAUCUCUGAAGAUUUAGAGAUCCAGAAUAUACCGCCUUGGACAACGCGGCUGUCCUCAAAUCUCAUUCCUCAAUAUGCUAUCGCAGUCCUUAGAUCCAACCUUUGGCCUGGAGCAUAUGCCUUUUCCAAUGGCAAAAAGUUUGAGAAUUUCUACAUAGGCUGGGGUCACAAAUAUAGUCCAGACAACUACACACCCCCAGCCUUACCACCAGUGUGUCAAGAAUACCCUAGUGGAUCAGAAAUUACAGAAAUGGAUGAUCCUACUGUGGAAGAAGAGCAGGCUUUCAGAGCUGCGCAGGAAGCGGUUGUUUUUCCAACUGAGGAAAACGAAGAAACUGAGGAUGAUGAAGAGGAGGAAGAUGAUUAUGACCAAGAAUAAAAUUAGCCCGGGCUUGAGUAA